AUGCUCUCUCUGCAGUAUGGAUUUAUCAACACCUGUUUGAAGUCGCUGGUUGUUGACAAGUUUGGCGAGGAGACAUGGAUGAAGCUCAGGUAACAAUGUUAUUAAUUAACAGCGGACUCACUAACAUCAUAUUAGACUACAUGGAUGUCUCUUGAUAAUUGAAUAAUUGUAAUAAUAUGUUGCGUAAUUCCAGAAGGUGGCGUUAAAGGCUAGCGUUGAGCUCGGCCGCUCUCGCAGCGUGGACCUACAGUGGGGUAAAAAAGUAUUUAGUCAGCCACCAAUUGUGCAAGUUCUCCCACUUAAAAAGAUGAGAGAGGCCUGUAAUUUUCAUCAUAGGUACACGUCAACUAUGACAGACAAAUUGAGAGAAAAAAAUCCAGAAAAUCACAUUGUAGGAUUUUUUAUUAAUUUAUUUGCAAAUUAUGGUGGAAAAUAAGUAUUUGGUCACCUACAAACAAGCAAGAUUUCUGGCUCUCACAGACCUGUAACUUCUUCUUUAAGAGGCUCCUCUGUCCUCCACUCGUUACCUGUAUUAAUGGCACCUGUUUGAACUUGUUAUCAGUAUAAAAGACACCUGUCCACAACCUCAAACAGUCACACUCCAAACUCCACUAUGGCCAAGACCAAAGAGCUGUCAAAGGACACCAGAAACAAAAUUGUAGACCUGCACCAGACUGGGAAGACUGAAUCUGCAAUAGGUAAGCAGCUUGGUUUGAAGAAAUCAAAUGUGGGAGCAAUUAUUAGGAAAUGGAAGACAUACAAGACCACUGAUAAUCUCCCUCGAUCUGGGGCUCCACGCAAGAUCUCACACCGUGGGGUCAAAAUGAUCACAAGAACGGUGAGCAAAAAUCCCAGAACCACACGGGGGGACCUAGUGAAUUACCUGCAGAGAGCUGGGACCAAAGUAACAAAGCCUACCAUCAGUAACACACUACGCCGCCAGGGACUCAAAUCCUGCAGUGCCAGACGUGUCCCCCUGCUUAAGCCAGUACAUGUCCAGGCCCGUCUGAAGUUUGCUAGAGUGCAUUUGGAUGAUCCAGAAGAGGAUUGGGAGAAUGUCAUAUGGUCAGAUGAAACCAAAAUAUAACUUUUUGGUAAAAACUCAACUCGUCGUGUUUGGAGGACAAAGAAUGCUGAGUUGCAUCCAAAGAACACCAUACCUACUGUGAAGCAUGGGGGUGGAAACAUCAUGCUUUGGGGCUGUUUUUCUGCAAAGGGACCAGGACGACUGAUCCGUGUAAAGGAAAGAAUGAAUGGGGCCAUGUAUCGUGAGAUUUUGAGUGAAAACCUCCUUCCAUCAGCAAGGGCAUUGAAGAUGAAACGUGGCUGGGUCUUUCAGCAUGACAAUGAUCCCAAACACACCGCCCGGGCAACGAAGGAGUGGCUUCGUAAGAAGCAUUUCAAGGUCCUAGAGUGGCCUAGCCAGUCUCCAGAUCUCAACCCCAUAGAAAAUCUUUGGAUGGAGUUGAAAGUCAGUGUUGCCCAGCGACAGCCCCAAAACAUCACUGCUCUAGAGGAGAUCUGCAUGGAGGAAUGGGCCAAAAUACCAGCAACAGUGUGUGAAAACCUUGUGAAGACUUACAGAAAACGUUUGACCUGUGUAAUUGCCAACAAAGGGUAUAUAACAAAGUAUUGAGAAACUUUUGUUAUUGACCAAAUACUUAUUUUCCACCAUAAUUUGCAAAUCAAUUCAUUAAAAAUCCUACAAUGUGAUUUUCUGGAUUUUUUUUUCUCAUUUUGUCUGUCAUAGUUGUCGUGUACCUAUGAUGAAAAUUACAGGCCUCUCUCAUCUUUUUAAGUGGGAGAACUUGCACAAUUGGUGGCUGACUAAAUACUUUUUUCCCCCACUGUAUAGGCUAGCUAAUUGAUGGAUUCAUUCACUGCUUUCUGUUUAUUGGUCAUCAAUGGGAUGUGUAACCUGCUGAAAUUAGCUCAUCAUCAUCAUCAUCAUCAUCAUCAUCAUAAUUAUAUGCAGAGAUGAGGCCGGGGUUCAAGAUACCUUCUUGACAUAUGAAGUGUACAAAGACGACAUCACCAUGCAACUGGUGGCUGCGGCCUGCAAGCUACUGGGUAGGCUAAUUUACCAUUCUUUGAUAAAUAACCUGCGACAUCAUAUAUCAAUGUAGCUCUGGACCAGGUCGCGCACUAACAAUCUGCACCGGAGCUAAUAUCAAUGCUGAGAUGUAUUAUAAUAGGGUACAAUUCCAUGCCAAUCACGGUUACUUCCAGAUUAGGAAUUAUAAUUCAAAUCAUGGAUUGAGAAAUAGCUACGAAAAGUUAGGAAUCAUUUUAGAAUAGUGAAUUUCUUGCACUGCAUGGCUUGAGUUUAAAUGGAAUAUUGAAACUCUGUUGCUGAGAGGCAAAAUACAUGACCAAAAUGAUGAUACAAAUUAAAUGUAUAAAUAUUACAAGAUAGAUCAAAAUGUGUUUAGUGUGAUUUUUUACGUAAAGGCGUACAUGUUGGUAUUAGCCUAUGUAUUCAUUAGGACUACUUUCUUUUAUUUUCGAAGAUGUUAAACCAGAGGUGGUGUUGAGACAAUUUGGGGAAUACUUCUUUGACUUUUGUAAACGAUCUGGAUACGACCACAUGUUACGGACUCUAGGAGGGAACCUAUUCGAGUUUAUCGAGAAUCUGGAUGCACUGCACAGCUACCUCGCCCUUUCUUACAAGGUAUAAUGUGUGUGUGUGUGGGGUGUGUGUGUGGGGGGGGUUCAAAGGAUUGGGUUAAGAACGCUGGCACGGUGCCCUGGUUAGUAGGCCUAGUCUUCUUCUGACAACAGCACUGAUAAGGCCUAUAUUAUAUAACAAAUCCGUAGCCUACUCUAUUGAUAUAGGUCUAGAUGUGAUAAUCGAUCUAUAAAUAGUUGACAAUGGAUACAUGUCAUAUUUUGGACAGAAAAAAAUUGUGUCAAAUGAUUUGGAAAUAUGCUUGCAGGAGAUGAAUGCGCCGUCAUUUCGAGCGGAGAGGAACGGUGACGGUACAAUGUUUCUUCACUAUUACUCCGACCGCCGAGGCCUAUGCCAAAUUGUCCCCGGUAAUUAUUCCUGAAUGCUGAUAGAUACAAUUAUUGACGUUAAGAACAAAUUUGUUAACAACUUAAUACACUCAAUAUAGUGAGAUGUUAGCGUGCGUAAAAGUAGGGCCUUUGUGCAUAAAAGUGAAACGACUGUUUCCCCAUUUCCACAGGUAUCAUUGAAGCUGUAGCAAAAGACUUCUUCAACAGCGAGAUAACGAUGGAAAUCGUCAACCAAAUAGAGGAAGUAGAAAGGACAGGAAAGAAGGAGCAUGUAGUCUUCCUCGUCACUCAGAAACCGACAUUUUCGAAUGCAGUUUGCAGUAACAAGCUGUCACAGACGCCGCCAUGUUUGCCCAGAGGCCCCAGGCGCAAUGCAAUGCACUGGAACCCAAACAAGGAGGUAAAAUCCGUGUCAGUACAGCAGAUGACCCUCAAAUCAUUGGGUGCGUCACAAAUGGCACCCUAUUCCCUUGAUAGUAAACCACUUUUGACCAGGGCCCAUAGGUAAUAGGGUGCUAUUGUGGGGACACAUACAUAGGCUACAGAAACAAGCAGAUGCCAUCUCUGAUGAUCUCCAAAUAAUUGUCCCAAAACUAUCUCAAUAACCCAACACAACACAGCCAAUUUUCCAUAUGGUUUGAAGGUGAACCUUUUUAUGCAAUUUAACCAUAACAUGAAUUUCCUCCAAUGUGUCCCUCGCCCCAUCCAUCAGGACAUACAGAAAUCAUUGCAGAGGAAACAUCAAUCUCAGGGAUUUUCCAUGUGUAGGAACCACUGGGAGACUGUGAGGGGGUUGGUCCAACUUGGGAAGGGUAAAGCCCAAACAUCUCUUAUCAUUCCUUUUCUAAUGGAUUGGCUCAUUCUGCCUCAGAUAUCGAUAAAGCCAGUCAAUUCCAUCUUCCUUGUCUUGAUAUCUCUAAUCUUGAUAUCCUUGUCUUGGUAUCACUAAUAGAUGUUUACUUCACUUAUAGGCAAACUCUUGAGAGGAUUUGAGCCAGUCUACCCGAAGAACCUUUGCAUCGACCUGAAGACAUUUUGCAAUGCCUUUCCCUUCCAUAUAGUGUUCGAUGAGGAGGUACAAAAAUAUUAUCUCCCAGAUUCCCUCUUGGUAUUGAGUGCACUGUAAAAAAAUAAAUACUAUUUGGAUCAACCUAAAAAAAAAAAGUCAACUGGUUACAAGUACAUUUGUUAGGUUUUGUCACAAGCGUAGAGAAGAGUAGGCAGGAGGCAGUUGCAGGUUUAGAACUACUGAAUUUAUUAAAGCACCAUAGCUUAAAGCGGGACGAAACCCACAGUGCAAAAUAUAAAGUACUCAGGAAAUAGUAGGCGAGAUUCCUCUCAGGAAAACAAGCAACAUACUGUAUACAAUGACCGACAAAGACAAAUGACAGAGGGAGCAUAUAUAUACAGUGAUAGAGUGGGGAUUGGAACCAGGUGUGUGUAAUGAUGACGAGACAAGUCCGGGGUUGAUGAGUGAAGGGCGUUUGCCAGCAGCAGGUUCGGCAGUAGCUAGAAGGCCGGCGACGCCGAACGCCUGAGCUGGACAGGAAGGGGAGCCAAAGCGAAGGCUGGUGUGACAGGUUUCUCAAUUGAAAAAAACGACACUUGUUGAAACCAAAUAUAUCAUUCAAUGCCAACUGUUAUACUGCAUUAUUAACAAACCCUUAUUUCAAGUUGCAAUUUAUUUCUUUCAACACUUAACAAACUUUUCCCCUAAGUGUUAAGCAGAUUAAAUAACAUAAAUACAAACUAAUAUAUAUGGCUACAACCCAAUUUUUUAUUAUGUACCAAGUUGAUUUUUCACUUUGGAGUUACCUAUCCACAUUUCUUCAAUUGGGUUACAAGCAAUUACAUCAGUUUCCAGUUAAUCAAGAUAUUAAGUUGGUCCUGAAAAUGAAAUAAUGACUCCAAACACUUUCUUUACAUUAGAAUUUCACAUGAACUGGUUACCAAUAUUGUAACCAAAUGGUGACCAUCUCAUCAAUUGAAACAUUUCCAGGCUCUUUAGAAUCACAGUACUUACAGAGAUAUCAUUUAAAGAGAAAUGUCAAAAUUGUUCAACUUCAUAUUCAUCAUCUCCAGCACCACCCCAACAUAUGUGAAAAUGGCACAUUUGUAUGUUUUGUAGUAAAAAAAGAUAGAGGAAGAUAAGUGUUUCCAAUGACAUCAUCAGUGUGCAUCAUGCGAUUUUAACCAAUCAUGAGUAGGCAUUGCCUACUAAUUGCCUAUUAAUUGUCUACUAAUUGGUUGAUGAUGUCAUUGGAAACACUUACCUUCUUCUAUCUUUUUUACUACCAAACAUAGAAAUGCGCCAUUUUCACACAUGUUGAUGUUGGGGUGGUGCUGGAGAUGAUGAAUAUGAAGUUGACAUUUUUUUACAUUUCCCUUUAAGAUUCAGUGCUGGCAGUGAACAUAUAAUCAUAAAAAAACAGAACACAUUACCUGGAAUGACAUUCACUCUCACAGGUGGCCAAAAAUAACAAACUGAAAAGUAGGCCAUGCCUCCAACUCUUCUGAUAGGCUGCCACUGCUACAUUGCACCCACCGCUAUGCAAUGCAAAUGCACAUGUGAUGUUGAAAGCAAUUUAGAAGCUUUCAUUCAAUAAAAAAAAUCACAUCGAUCUGUCAAAUUCUUUAUUUGAUUCAUACAUAUUGAAUAGAAUAGGUUGAAGGAACCAAAGUGUAAUUAUGGAUCAUACCAAUCAAAAAAAGCACUUCCGAUGAACAACAGCGCCGUCCCACUUUUUACAGUGUGCUUUAGUAAUGACAGAUAAGCACUGGGAUGGUUUCCCGGACACAGAUUAGGCCUAGUCAUGGACUAAAAAGCAUUCUCAAUGGAGAAUCUAAAUUAGAAGUGCUUCUUAGUCCAGGACUAGGCUUAAUCUGUGUCCAGAAACUGGCCCUUUGUGUAGAUAUGGUGAAUUGUAAUCUUCAUACAUGGAGUGAGGCUGCUGAAGUGCACUACUUUUGACCAGAGCCCUAUUGACCCUCGUUAAAAGUAGUGCACUACAGUAUAUAAGGAAUAGGGUGCCAUUUGGGACGCAACCUGAAUCUCUGCUCCCUGGUCCAACCCCUGCAGCUGAUGGUGAGACAGGCGGGGGUGAACAUCCAGAAGAUCGUCCCCGGGCUUCAGACCACGAGCAUUCACCUGGACCAGUACUUCAGUAUCGUCCACCCCGAGGUCACCUUCACCAUCUCCAGCAUCAGGAAGUUCAUCAACAGCCACUUUGUCCUGCAGACGCGACGCGACAUGAUGCCCGAAGCCUGGAGGGAUAGACCCAUGCUGGAGCUCAGAGGUGGAAUGAAUGUACAGAUGAAUGAAUGAAUGAACGGUUGAAGUAAUGAAAGAAUGGAUGGGUGAAUGGAUGAAUGCAUGAUGAAUAAAGGAAGGAAGAAAUACAUGAAUGGUUAUUUGUUGUUGUGUCAUGCCACUUAUGCAACCUAUCCCACUAUAACCAUUUGACAGAAACACCCCCCCCCCCCCGUACCCCUUACUCCCCUGUUCCCAGGCCAGAUGUUGUGGAUGGAGUCUCUGCAGUGCAUGCUGUACCAGGCCUCCCCUUUGCUGCGGAGCCUCCACGAGCUGGAGGAGCGGCGCAUGCACAUCUCUGACAUCGCCCCUCACGACGUCACGCGGGACCUCAUCCUGCUCAACCAGCAGCGGCUGGCUGAGAUGGAGCUCUCCAACCAGCUGGAGAGGAAGAAGGAGGAGCUCCGACACCUGUCCCAGCAUCUGGAGGAGGAGAGGACCAAGACGGAGAACCUGCUGUACGCCAUGCUGCCCAAACACGUGGCCAACCAGCUGAAGGAGGGGAAGAGAGUGGAAGCAGGUGAAUGACACAGGGAGAGGAGAGGUGGCGAGAGUAGAAUAGAAGAGAGGAAAGGUGCGGAGAGGCGAGUUGAGGAAAGGAGAGGUGGGGAGAGGAGAUGAGAGUAGGGGAGAGAAGGGGAGGGGAGGUGAGGAGAAGAGGGGAGAAGAUUAGAGGAAUAAAGAGGAGUGGAAAGGAAAGAAUUGGUGAGAGGAUUGGUGGUGUGUGAAAUGCCCUAGUGGGGCCAAAAACUUGUCUGCCAAUACCAGUAUACAGUAGCCUAUGCCUCCCUUGCUCUGACACACAACAGACAGUAGAGAUGUACAGAAUGGAAUUGGGAUUUUUGAAGGAUAUUUCCCUGCCUUGCUGCAGUGUAUUACAUAUUUAAUGAAGGCAUGAACUACAGAUUUAGACAGCACCACAACAGAGCCAGCGGCUCCCAGACACAUCUGUCUUUGAAGCACAGAACACAGACAGACAGACAAACAAACAGAUAGACACAGACAGACGGACACAGAGAGCCAGAAAGACGAACACGCACGCACGACGCACACGCACACAAUUCUUGUGCAUGAACAGCACACACACAUGCGUGCACACACACACACAAAAUUAGUUGAUAUGAAUCAACAGGCCAGCUACAUAGUGGAUAAGUAUUAAGCAGAAUAACUUGUUUUCACUAUUGUUCUCGACAUUGCAAAAGGACUCAAACAGUGCUAUAUUUAUGGAAAUGGCCAUAUGGUCGGUGGUGGUUGUGGUUCUGUUUGCUCUAAAGGAGAGUUCAAGGAGUGCACCAUCCUCUUCAGUGACGUGGUCACCUUCACCAACAUCUGCUCGGAGUGUGAGCCCAUCCAGAUCGUCAACAUGCUCAACUCCAUGUACCUCAAGUUUGACCGGCUCACCACAGUACACACAGUUUACAAGGUAACAAAAUAUUACAUUUGUCAGAUAGGCUAAACAUAAUAAAUAUAACAUAUUUAUCAUUCAUAAUUUAAACAUUAUUCUACAUAUCCAUCUAUUCAUUCAUCUGGACCAGGCAGCCUGGAAUAGCUAUUCCAGUACUUAUCUCACCAAUAUCAAUCUGCCUGUGGUUGUGUCUGCAUCAGGUGGAGACCAUAGGUGAUGCCUACAUGGUGGUAGGUGGCGUGCCCAUCCCAGUGUCCAGCCAUGCUGAGAGGGUGGCCAACUUUUCCCUGGGCAUGAUCAUAGCAGCUAGGGAGGUUAUCAACCCCAUCACAGGGGGGCCUAUCCAGGUGAGACACACAGAUCGCUGGUGUAUUUGAAUGCUGAAUUGAUUCUUCCCUAUAUUUUUGUAACAGCAUUGUUCCAUUGAUCCAAAUCCAAAGGGUUGUAUUUCCCCGCCCUUGUCUUUCUUUUUGAGCUGAUCUUUCUCAGUUCUCCUGCUAGUUUAUAAUCACAAUACAAUACCUCUCUCUGUGUCUGAGGCUGGUCUAGUGGGUAACUCAGCCGUUAGCAGCACAUAAAUGUCAACCCCCAGCGUGGAUAUGAAUCCUUCCACUACUCAAUGCUCAUUUCCACCUAUUUCUGUCUCAAUAAAGUAAAAAUAUCCCACAAAAUAUAUUUAAAAAACAACCAAUACCUCUCUGCUGUAGAUCCGGGUGGGUGUACACAGCGGGCCGGUUCUAGCUGGUGUGGUGGGGGAGAAGAUGCCUCGGUACUGCCUGUUUGGAGACACAGUAAACACGGCGUCUCGCAUGGAGAGCCACGGCCUCCCCAACAAGAUCCACCUCAGCCCCAGUGUUUACCUGUAAGACCUCAGCUCAUGUCACAUGACUGAACUGCAGGAAAUCAAAUCAAUCAAGCAAUCGAUCAAGAAUGCAAGCAAGCAAUUUUAUUUAUAAAGCCCUUUUUAUAUCAACUGUUGUCAAAAAGUGCUUGAUGAUUGGUUGAUUGGUUGGUUGGUUGGUUGGUUAGUUGGUUGGUUGAUGGAUUGAUUUAUUAAUUGAGUGCUUGGUUGGUUGAGCCCAUAGGGCUCUGGUCAAAAGUAGUGCACUAUAUAAGGAAAACGGUGCCAUUUGGGAUGCAGGCUUUGUUUUCAUAUGUCUUCCUCCUCCAGGAUUCUGAAAGACAAGGGCUUCAUGCUCCAAGAGCGAGGGGAGAUCGAUGUGAAGGGGAAGGGCAGGAUGUCCACCUACUUCCUGAAAGGGAACCUGAACGCCACGGAGCACCAGAUCAUGGGCCGCUCAGUUAAGGAGGCCGACUCGGGCCGUGCGUCUGUCCAGUCGGCACGGGACUGCAGCACAGAGGCAGCCCUGUAUAGACCGGGUAAACAAGGUUCUCCUGUCUGUCUGUCUGUCUGCCUCUCAACUACUCUCUUUAAAAAUACACACCUUUAUAAAUAUACAGUACACCUGAGGAACUUUCUUAGACGUGUGUCUCACCUUGUUGCAUCUUAUUUGUGUGUCUAAUUCUUUGACUUUGAGGUAGCUCAGCCUAGUGUGCAUUAUCUCACCAGGUUUUCUGUUCCCCGAUAUUUAUGGCGCAUUUAGCCAUAAUCACCACAGAGACAAACACUAACCCCAUUCUAGUUUCCCUCACUUGGCUGUGGUCGAUUAUUAAUGCCUCACUCUAACGCUAGACCUCUUUGUUGGAAUCUAAUCCCACAGCCAUCCAGAGGGUGCAGAGUGAGGACAGGAACCCCGCAGUGCCCAUGGAGUAUGGAGACAGCCUGACCGACCCGCCGCCCUCAGUUCAGCUCACUGACCCCCAGCCACAAGCCAGAGCCAAGGGCCUCACAGGUGCCUCCUCCUGUUUAUUUUAUUGCAUCAUUCUUUCUUUCUUUCAUUCUUUCUUUUUAUUUAAUGAUAUUCUUGAAUAUGUACAUUUUAUUUAAGUAUUAUAUUCUUAAUAUCUUAUAUUCUUCAUCUUAUUCUAAGAUGAUCUUUAAGUCAUAGGUAAAAGACUGCUCCUCCAUUUCUUUUAGAUUUCUCCUAUUGGUUACCUCCAUUACCUCCCACUCAGCCUGCAGUAUUGACUCUCGGGAGGUGUGUGUGUUUCACAGGUAAACCUCGGGACUCAGAGAGCUACGGCAGUCUUCACAGUGACACCAAGUCAGUGGAGGGAGGUGUCCCCAACCCAGACCACCAGCUGACCGGAGCAAACUUGUCCCAGAGUCCCAGUCCCAUAGAGGCUGAGGCUCCUCCUUCCACUCACAGGAACAAACACAUCCGGACC